AAUUUUAAACGGGAAAAUGUGAAGUUUCCUGCCAACUGUACUCGUGCGUAUUCAUGCAUGUUCGAAGAUCGGCGGUCAAAGGUCAAUCAUCAUUGACUGCAUGCAGCGGCUAGCGAGUAUGGCGGCCACACGAGUAUUCGGAGCUCUGAGAGCAGUUUCUCGGACAAAUUUUACGUAUACUGCAGGUUCCCACAGCAUGGCUUUGCCAAGAUAUUUUUCAGUGUCGUCAACGUAUGCAGCCAACAAGCAUGUCAGCUACGACGUCAAGGACGGCAUCGCUGUCAUACGGAUGAACUCGCCUGACUCCAAGGUCAACACCUUGUCCAGAGAGUUCAACAGCGAGAUCGAAGGCGUGAUGCAAGAGAUUUGGCAGAACGACGCCGUCAGUGGGGCGGUUCUCAUCUCCUCCAAGCCGGACUGCUUCAUCGCUGGUGCUGAUAUCAACAUGCUAGCUGCCUGCAAGACAGCUGAAGAGAUUACGGAGUUAUCGACCAGCGGCCAGAAGCUGCUGGCCAGGGUGGAGUCCAGCUCCAAGCCGGUGGUGGCAGCCAUCAUGGGAUCGUGCCUGGGAGGAGGACUGGAGGUUGCGAUGAGUUGCCAUUACCGAAUUGCCGUGAACGACAAGAAGACCGUAUUAGCUGCUCCAGAGGUGUUACUAGGCUUGCUGCCCGGGGCCGGCGGGACGCAGAGACUACCCAAGCUGGUGGGCGUUCCUAGUGCCUUUGAUAUGAUGCUGACGGGCAAGAAUAUUCCGGCAAGGAAGUCGAAAUCCAUGGGUCUGGUAGAUCGGCUUGUGGAACCACUAGGUCCCGGUUUGAAGUCGCCACGGGAGAGAACGCUGGACUAUCUGGAAGACGUUGCAGUGGAUGCGGCCAAAGACAUUGUGUCCAAGAAGCUCAAGACAGAAAAGGUCAAGGGACUUGCCCAGAAGCUGACGGAUUACGUCAUGAGCCUUGGCUUUGUCAAGAACCAGAUCUACAAGCAGGUCCACGGAAUGGUGAUGAAGAACACCCGGGGUCUCUACCCAGCACCCCUCAAGAUCAUCGACGUCGUCCGGACAGGCCUCGAUCAAGGACCCGAGGCGGGCUACCUAACCGAGGCCCAGAAUUUUGGUGAACUGGGCAUGACCCCUCACGCCAAGGGCCUGAUGGGACUCUACACUGGGCAGGUCAUCUGCAAGAAGAAUCGCUUUGGGGCUCCGCAGCGCCCUGUGGAGACGCUGAGCAUCCUGGGAGCCGGCCUGAUGGGCGCCGGCAUCGCACAGGUCAGCAUCGACAAGGAGAUGCACGUCAUCCUGAAGGACAUGUCCCUGGAGGGGCUGGCCCGGGGAGAGGACCAAAUUUACAAAGGGUUCAACAAAAAGGCCAAAAGCAAGAGAAUAACUACGUUUGAGAGGGACCAUCUAUUGUCCAACUUGACGGGUCAGAUCGACUACAAGAACUUUGGCAAGUGCGACAUGGUGAUCGAGGCCGUCUUUGAGGACAUCAACAUCAAACACAAAGUGGUCAAGGAGGUCGAGGCCGUCAUUCCAGAGCACUGUAUCUUCGCCUCCAACACGUCGGCCCUUCCCAUCACUAAGAUUGCCCAAGCUAGCGUCAGGCCGGAGAAGGUCAUCGGCAUGCACUACUUCUCUCCUGUGGACAAGAUGCAGCUGCUGGAGAUCAUCACCACGGACAAGACCUCCCAGGACACGGCCGCCUCGGCCGUCAACGUGGGCCUGAGACAAGGCAAGGUGGUCAUCGUGGUCAAGGACGGGCCGGGCUUCUACACCACCAGGAUCCUGGGGCCCAUGCUGUCCGAAGCCGUGCGAGUCCUUCAGGAGGGAGUGAGCCCCAAGGAUUUAGACAAGUACAGCACCUCCUUCGGGUGGCCUGUGGGCACCGCCACCUUGGCUGAUGAAGUGGGUAUCGACGUUGCCGCACACGUGGCCGAGUUCUUGGGAAGCUCUUUUGGCGAGCGGUUUUCCGGCGGCGACAUCAACGUCCUUACAGACAUGGUCAAGGCUGGCUUCUUGGGCCGCAAGACGGGCAAAGGCUGCUUCAUCUACGAGGGCAGCUCCAAAAAUCGCGACGUCAACGCCGGAGCCGAAGAGAUCAUGAAGAAGUACAUGAUCCCGAAGAAGGGCGCCGACUCCAAGGAGGACAUCCAGCUCCGUCUGGCGUCAAGGUUCGUCAACGAGGCAGUCAUGUGCUUACAGGAGGGCAUCUUAAUCUCCCCGGUUGAGGGUGACAUCGGUGCCGUCUUUGGUCUUGGUUUCCCACCAUUCCAUGGAGGUCCCUUCCGCUUUGUGGAUCACUUUGGCGCCGACAAGCUGGUGGCUGCCAUGGAGAGAUACCAGGGGCUGUACGGGGCCGGGUUCGCCCCCUGCCAACUCCUGAAGGACCAUGCCAAGGACCCCGCCAAGAAGUUCUACCCGGCGUAGCCUCCCUGCAGUGGGGGGGGGAUUGGGUCCCGCAGUGUAGCUUGUAGUACGGUGAAGCAGGCAGAGCCGAGGGACAUUCUGCAUGAUAACCUUUAUUUAUAAAAAAAAAUGACUGUCCAGCUUGUUUUGUUUUUGAGAUGUUUUGCAGGAAGCAACCUGGGAUCAAAUCUGACAUGUUCUUACUCGUCACAUCACAGUAAUGGAAUGUUCUUUUUACACCUGAAAGUAUUGUGGUAACAGAGUGUGGGGAAAAAAGAAGGACCUUGAAAUUUCAUUUCUGAUUUCUAGGCAAAAACACACUUUCAAGACCACGAUAGUGUUUCAGUGACAUGUUUGAAAGACAGUCCCGAAAAAUUAAUUUCGUGCUCACGCAAUUGAUUUAAGCAUCAGAGUUGACCACAUGUAGUUGGUUUAAUGAAUGGAAACUUUCUAGGAUGGACUGAGUUGCAUUUUGCACAUUGUGAGAAAGGUGCUGGAGUUACCCCCAGGCUAUUUGUGGAGUUAGAUUUGAAGUUCAUAAAUGUAAAUGAAGGUUAUGAUGCAUGCUGGGUAGAGAGACAGGUCCAUCUAGGACUACAACUCUUCGCGGCUGAGGCUUAUUUUUCAAGUUUAGGACUGUCCAUUUCCGGAAGCUCAUUCAUGAAAUGAGUCGAUUGCACUCACAUGAAGCAGAAAAUAUCGCUACAAUUUCAUAAAACUGGGAAUCAACACUACUUGUCAGAAUGCAAGUAUCAUAAUGGGUCGUUAACUCUAACUCCCCAGAGUCUUAUCUUUUACUAGGGACUGGAUGAAAUCCAUCAAAAUCCAACACUUGCGGAAAAAAGUCCACCGCAGGCGGGAUGGCUUUUGUCGAUGGAUACUGUUGCCUUGACAAUAUGCACUGAAUGCUCCGCCAGUGUUUCAGGCCAUGCCCAUCAUGAUCCAUCAACAAUUGGUCACCUCAGUCCCUCUGGAUCCCGAGUCCAUUAAAAUCCACUAAGUGGAAAUGGAUUCUGAUGGAUUUGGGAUGGUCAGGGUUCACCUCAGGCCAUCUGGAGCCCAAGUCCAUUAUAAUCCACCAAGUAGGAACAGAUUCUGAUGGAUUUGGAAUUGGCUAAUGACAGUCCCAACAAUGUAAGGAAAAGAUUUAGGCCUACACAUAUAGACACAUGUAAAUGUACAUAGCCUACAGUCUACACGAUGUGGAAUCUUGGCUCUAUUCCAGUAAGUCUCACACUUUAGAUGGCAGGGUUGUCUCCUUUGUCAAGCAAUGCAAUUUAAAACAUUUACUUUUAUUUGAAGGGGAAGAAAUAGAUAUUGGAAAAGUAUUCACCUUUUCAAACAGAAAAAAAAAAAUCAUUUUGGCGUAGGAUUUGCAAUUUUUUCCAAUUUUGUUGUAUUAGCUGUACAGAGUCGGAAUAUUUCACAUUGCAGACACACGGUGGGGUUUAUGUGGAAAAGAAACCUCAUUGAUAAUUGAAUUUGACUUUGAAAGUUGAUAAAGCUCACAGAGAAAUUCGUUUCAUUUUAGUGCAGUAGAGACACGUACCUUGUUAAAAAAAAAACAGCGUUUCACCGUUGAAAGAAUUGUUCUGAAAUGUUGUCUGACUUUCAGGACGCAGUGUGUUUGAAUUUGCUUUUCUUUAUUCUGCAAGACAUGUUAAAUGGUUCGUGUAGUAAAUGAUGCUCGAAAGGAUCAACUGUGGGUGUCCGGGUAACAAAUUUCUGUAAUGUCUUUUAUAGUCCUUUUGGGAAUAAUGUUGCUCAGAUUUGACAGGAAUUUUAUUUACUGUGUUUACAUACUGUGAGAGAAAAAAAAAAUGAGUUUCAGACUAAAUUUUGUGUUGGCAAUUUUACAUUGCUGAUCAGAAAAUAAACCUAGUGAAUACUAAAACCUGAAA